UAUUAAUAUUAAUGUAUCCACCACCUCCACCUCCACCAUAUGGUUAUACUCCUGGAUAGUAUCCUCCACCUCCUCCUGCAUAUGGAUAAAAUCCUUAUCCAUAACAACCAGGAUAUUAACCUCCUCCUGCUGGUUAUCCAUAUCCACCAACUCCUGGUUAUCCUCCUCCUCCUAUUGGUGGAUAUCCAUAACAAGGUUAUCCACCUGCUCCUGGCUAUCCACCUACUUAACCUGGGUAUGUUCCUCCUCCUAAUUAUGUUUAACCAUACCCAGCAUAACAGUAAAUCAUUUUUAUUAUUCAUUCAGAUAUCCUGCUUAAUAUCCUGUUAAUCCUAUGGUCAUCCCAUAAGGAUAUCCAGGAACUAAUGUUUAAAUCAAAAUAAGACCUAAUUGUUAUUUGUAAUAAUAUAUUUAAACAACAGAUGUGGAGGAACUGGCUUCUAUGUGAAGAAAUGUUAAAGAAAGUAAUGCAAAGAUUGUUUAUGGGCUAUGGGAGUAUGUCUAAAAUGUAAUGGAACUGGAUGGAAUAAGAAAGGAAAAGUUUGCAAAUGCAAAAUGUAUAAAAUAUAUUGAUUCAUUCAAAUACAAUAUUUGAUUCCAUCUUCAAAUACUUUAUUUCGAUAUUU